UAAUCGGUUUGAGGAAGCACCUCUUGACCCGAGAUGCAACAGUGUAAUCUAAUUUUAAUUGAAAAAUUAUCAAGGUUGCAAAAAAUAAUAAUAGUAAUAAUAGUAGUAAUUUUAGUUUAAUCCGUUAAUCCUUCUUGUUCUGCUUGAGUGUUACUCCACAAUGAACCUCCAGCUGUUCAUCUUCCUCUUGACAGCAACCACAUUGGCUCAAUGCUGCUCAUCUAGCGGCUGCUACUCGAGCCACUGCAGCUCUUCGUGCUGCCAAGGGACUAGCAACAAUUGUUGCAAGGAGCGACAGAGCCUUUGCUGCAACCAACAUGUGCAGUCGUGUUGUCAGGACAGUUGCUGCGAGAAUUAUUUUAGACAAGGAUGUGAGAGAUGUCCUCCUACCAAUCCAUGCUCUUCUACCACUAGUCGACCUCCUCCUCCUCUUCCUCCUAUGCCUCCCUCACCACCCUCACCUCCCUUGCCCCCCUUACCACCCAGCCCUCAGCCCUUCGCUCCCACCUCAAAUGUUAACAAUAAUUCGAUAGUUAUUCCAACGAACAUUACGGUGCAGAACGAGAUUCACAGCGAGACACGUAUACAGGUGCCUGUUUCGGUGGACGUCAACAACGUAAACAAUAUAAACAUCCAUCCGGCUGAUCACGAAAACAGCCACGACCACCAUAACCACACCACGACGGUAAUAAACGAAACUGUAACCGUCAAAAUUCCGGUCUACGUGCCCAUCCGCAUACCAAUCCCGAUACCCUAUCGACCCAUCAUCCCCACUCCGCCCCACCCACAGCCGCACGGCUGUUGUCCCGUGGUCCAGCCGUGCGUGCCCUACAGCUUCGCCGGCUGUCAACAGAUGUCGUAUCAGUGUUCCUCCACUUGUAUGACGUCACCGGUCUAUCAGCCAAUGGACGUGUGCGGCGGCGGCUGUAUGAAGCGCGGCUUGGCUGUAGGGUCGCAGUGUCACAUGGAGGGCGGCUGUAGCACCGGUCUGGUCAAUUGCGGGCAAUGUCGGAACGACUUUUUCGAGAGCUACGAGGGUUUCGUGCGCUGUUCGGGCUGUUUCGUGCCGAUGGAGUGGGGGGCGUACGGCCAGGGGUUCGUGUGAAUUUUGUGCGGUUUUUUGUCGUACGUUUGACGUAGCAUCAGACACUCCCGUGAAAGUUUGUUAUUAUGUCUCUCCCUUCAGCGCUCUUAUUGGUGCCCACCAGCCACGUGUUUAUAACAGAUAACCUACAAUUUUUUACGGAAGUGUCUAGUGUAACGUCGAACGUACUUUUAAAAGUGUUCAUGCAUGUUAUUGCUAUUUUGUUAUUAUAUAGGCGUUGUUUAAAUAAAUAAACAUAAUGUUAAUCGGAA